UUUAUGGAACAUACCAGGAUCACAAAUACGAUCGACACUAGCAGUUCAAAAUAGAAACUCACCUUGCUCACCCUCUCCCACGGUGGAACUGUGUCUCGAUUAGUAUCUGCGCCAACGCAAUGGUGCCCGCUUGCCGUCUUCGUCAGCCGAAUAACUGGGGAAGAUGUCCGACUAUGAUAGGCUGACUUCUUGGUGAGAUGGCCUUGUUGUAUUUAUUCCACGGUACACGCUCAGCGGUGUCGUAAAGUUGACGGACCCUUGUUGUCGUUCCUAGUAUAUAUAAAGCGCACUGCGCACGAUUAACCACUCAACAAGAUCAAUAAGUCAUCAGUUCCGAGAUUUCCAACAAGCUUACACUAUGCUCUCCCUUUCGCUUGCUUCUGUCGCUCUUGCCUCCCUCGUCGACACGGUGCAGGGCAGAUCUGCUGGCUGCGGUCAGAAGCCGUCUUUUGAGGCUGGUAGCUUCAAGAACUAUACUACAUCUGAGGGUCGCGAGUAUCGCGUAUGGCUACCGGCCAACUAUGACUCCGAUAAAGUGACGCCGCUUAUUCUCAGCUACCACGGCGCCAACAGGGUUAUUGAGAAUCAAGUUGAGUUGGAUAGGUUGUCUGACCCCUUCUUCAACACGGAUCAUAUCGUGGUAUAUCUGCAAGGUCUAGAGGCUAGUCGACCUGGUCAUACCGUAUGGCAGGGAGCACCGGACUGCGACUCUGACGAUAUCGGUUUCACAACUGAUGUGCUCGACGCGGUGAGCGACGAAUUGUGCGUAAAUAGGAGGCGUAUAUACGCGACGGGCAAGUCUCAGGGUGGAGGUUUUGUUGGCCGACUGGCCUGCGACGCCGGUCUGUCGAAGAGGAUCGCUGCGUUCGCGCCGGUCUCAGGAGCGUACUACAUUAAGGAGAUCGACAAGAAGGAGGAUUGCCACCCGGAGAGCGUCAAAAUACCUUGCGACGCGGGCCGUUCCAAUAUCCCGAUCCUGGCCUUCCACGGCGGCGCUGAUACUACGAUCAACUAUAAUGGAGGAUUCCGUUCGGGAGCCUGCUUACCGGCUAUAAGCUCCUGGGCGAAGCAAUGGGCGGCGAGGGAUAACUUGGAUCAGAUGCCGGAAAACACGACGAUCCCCAAUGCACAGAAUGGUGUUCAGAUGAGCUAUGGAGGUGGCCUGGUCUCGCUCGUAUACGAUGGCGACAAUAUUGGUCACGCGUGGCCGUCUACGCAACCGAACAGCGAUAACGAUGGAAAGGACCUGGCUGCUUUCAACGCCAGCGCGUCGAUCAUGGAGUUCUUCCGCAGCCACAGAUUGGAAUAAGCUUUUAACGUAGGAGGCGUGUAAGAAGUAUGUACUACGUAAUAUAUCAUGUAACGGGCAUUGUAGGAUUUAACGGACUUAAAGUUGCUGGUAAUUUGAUGUUAUACCUUUG